AGUCCAUUUCAAAGAAUAAACUGUACUGGUUCCAAGGAUAUCUGUAAAGAAUACAUUUCUAGCAUUAAAAGAGCUAUGACAGACACCAACAAGAUGAUCAUCAACUUGGCUGUCUUUGGCAGGACUCAGAGUGGGAAAAGCUCUGCUGGGAAUGUUCUUUUGGGAAGUGCUGACUUCUACAGUACCUUUGCUCCAGGCUCCAUAACCAAAGAGUGCAGCCUGGGCCGCAGUUGUCACCUCCAUGGCUUCAUGCGUCGAGGGGGACAAGAGAUUAGCCUGCAGAUACAGGUGCUGGACACUCCAGGGUAUCCACACAGCAAGCUGAGCACGAGAUGUGUAAAACAGGAAGUGCAGAAGGCCUUGGUGCAUCAUUUUGGACAAGAGGGUCUCCAUCUUGCUCUGCUGGUCCAGAGAGCUGAUGUGCCUUUCUUCGGACAGGAAGCGUCUAACUCAGUCCAACUGAUGCAGGAACUUCUGGGAGAUUCCUGGAAGAAUUACAUGGCUGUCCUUUUUACCCAUGCAGAAGAACUCGAAGAGGCAGGGUUGAGUGAAGAGGAAUAUUUGCGUGAGGCUUCUGACACACUCUUAACCCUGCUCGAUUCCGUUCAGCACAGAUAUAUCUUCCUGUCCGGAAGAGGAAACUUGUGCAAUGAACAAAGAAUCAAAAUCUUAGAAAGAAUCAUGGAGUUUAUAAAAGAAAAUCAUUUUCAAGUUCUUAGUUUGACAUAAAAUUUAAGUGAGGAAAAGAGAGCUCCAGGUGUUAAUCAGGGUCAGAAAUCCAAUUUUAUAACCUGCCUUUCUUCACAUGAAUAUGGGGCAUGAGAAUUCCCUGUAUGGCUAUUGAGCCGUUUUGGGGAAAAAAAGUAAAUAAAAACUAAUAUCAAGGAUACAAGCUUUUGUGAUAUCAGAAUUAUACUCAUAAGUAUUUAUCCAACAGAAAAGUGUUCAUUUGUGCAACUAGAAACAUGCAUAUACAAGAAUGCUCACAGUGGUACCAUUCACAUAGUCAAAGACUGAAAACUAUCUAGAUUUUCAUUAAUAGAAUAAUAUUCAAAUUGUGGUAUACUAACCCACUGAGAUAUACAGUGUGAGGAUGAACAAGCUCAAUCAGCUGUAAUAGCAGUGAUCAACCAUCUAAGUACAACACUAAGAGAAAGACACCAGACAUAAAAUGCGCUCAAUGACUCCAUUUGUAGAAAGGUCAGCAGCAGUCAAAGACUAAUGCAACCCAACUACUCUGGUGUGAAGAAGUGCUGGGUAUCAGCAAAGCAAAGGAUGCUGUGGGGGAGCGGCAGAGAUGUUCGUAAGGCUAGUUCCUGAUCUGGAAGCUGGUUUUACUGGAUGUGUACCCUGUGAAAAUGGAACAAAAUUUCCUGUAAUGUAUGAGCUCAUAACUGUAUCUGUGAGUAUAACUGUGAAAGAAUAAACUUAUA